UUGGUUGUUUGUAACACAAAUGAUAAUAUGUCUAUGGUUUCCCUUGAAUGGCAUUCAAUGGCUGUAUCUGAGUCAUUGUGGUUUGUGAGAUCUGAUCAUCGUGUCGUAUUGAUAACUGCUGGAAAAGAUGGAUAUGUUUGUGUAGGAACUAUGAUGAGUGAUAAAGUAAAAUUAACCCAACGAAUGUACAGGUAUUUAGUAGGGAUUCCAGGGAAAGUUGGUAUACGGUGUUUUGAUUAUUCAAACAGGCAUUUUUUAGCAGCUCUAGAAAAUGGGAAAAUCUCUAGUCAUUUAUGCGAAAUGACAAGAAACAUUAAAGAAGACCAAGUUUUAGAAGCUGUAAAAGUCAUAACAUACAAUGGAUAUUCGUUAAUAAUUGAAGAUAUACAAUUUUGUCACAAAAAUUCAAAUACAUUUAUCAUUACACAGUUUGAUUCUACAAUAAUAUUAUACAAUGUUUAUCAAAAGGAACCACAAAAAAUAAUUUUUAAUCCAAAACUAAUAACUAGAUUAUGUUGGAGUUUAGAAAAUGAGUUUAUAGUGUACGUUGGUGAAGAGAAUGGAGAACUUGCAAAAAUUAAUCUGACAAAUGGGAAAACAGAUUCAAUCAAAAAAUUUACAUCUUGUGAUAUCACUGCAAUGAAUAUUAAUCCAAAAAGAAAAGAUAUUAUUGCAAUCGGUACAAUACAAGGAGAAAUAUAUAUAAUUAAAUAUGAACAGCCAUUUACAACUUGAAAAAAAAAAU